AUGGUCGGUGUCCAUGUCGAAUCUGACACCUUGGAACAACUAUGUAUCCGAUCUCUUUUCCAGAAAGCUCCCAAAACUUCCUGCGGGGGCUUCGGUGUGGACGUCCGACCAAUCUUCCGUCCAACAGGCACGCCGUCCCUCGAUCGACGGAACCGGGAAGCGAUGAUCGAUUGA